UGAGGGGAGGGGCAAAUACUGAGCGCCGGCCGUCGGAGCCCGCGGGGGUCACUGACGACGCAUGCGCCAGCAGGGAGCGCAAUCACAGACUGGGCUUGCGGCUACCGGCUUAAAAAGGAAACCCCCGAGAGCGAGAGCGCGAAGGAAAUCUGGCCGCCGACGCGUGCGCGCUCCCGUGAAAGAAAAGCACAAGAAGAAAGUUUUACAGUCAUUAUUGAUAUGACUAUUCUGCUGAUCCCCCAAAUCAAAAAAAAGAAUUUUGAGAGUGAUGGUCAGCCAUAUAGAAGAAUAUAUUGAACCUAUAGUUUUCUGAAGAAUCAGUUCAAAGAUCCAAAACAUACAAAAGAUCUGAACAUGUAUACAGUGGUGAAAAUAAACACUGCAUUUUAAAGGAAGGGAGAGAAUGGAAUUAAAGAUGUUGGAACAACAAUUGUGCUGUGCCACACAGUUUUCCUGCGAGAGGGAGCAAAAAAGGAAAGGAGAAGUACAAAUGUCUACCACAAGACGAAAACGUAAUAUGUUAUGUUGUUUACCGUAAGCUGUAGUAAAAUGAGCUCAAUUGUUGACAGAGAAGAUGGUAGUAUUUUUGAUGGGUUGGUGGAAGAAGAUGACAAGGACAAAGCAAAAAGAGUAUCUAGAAACAAAUCUGAAAAGAAACGUAGAGAUCAAUUUAAUGUUCUCAUUAAAGAACUGGGAUCCAUGCUUCCUGGUAAUGCUAGGAAGAUGGACAAAUCUACUGUUCUGCAGAAGAGCAUUGAUUUUUUACGAAAACAUAAAGAAAUCACUGCACAGUCAGAUGCCAGUGAAAUUCGACAGGACUGGAAACCUACAUUCCUUAGUAAUGAAGAAUUUACACAAUUAAUGUUAGAGGCUCUUGAUGGUUUUUUUUUAGCAAUCAUGACAGAUGGAAGCAUAAUAUAUGUGUCUGAGAGUAUAACUUCAUUACUUGAACAUUUACCAUCUGAUCUUGUGGAUCAAAGUAUAUUUAAUUUUAUCCCAGAGGGGGAACAUUCAGAGGUUUAUAAAAUACUCUCUACUCAUCUGCUGGAAAGUGAUUCGUUAACCCCUGAAUAUUUAAAAUCAAAAAAUCAGUUAGAAUUCUGUUGCCAUAUGCUUCGAGGAACAAUAGACCCAAAGGAGCCGUCUACCUAUGAAUAUGUGAAAUUUAUAGGAAAUUUCAAAUCUUUAAAUAGUGUAUCCACUUCAGCACACAAUGGUUUUGAAGGGACUAUACAACGCACACACAGGCCUUCUUAUGAUGAUAGAGUUUGUUUUGUAGCUACUGUGAGAUUAGCUACACCUCAGUUCAUCAAGGAAAUGUGCACUGUUGAGGAACCUAAUGAAGAGUUUACAUCCAGGCAUAGUUUAGAAUGGAAGUUCCUAUUUCUAGAUCACAGGGCACCACCUAUAAUAGGAUAUUUGCCAUUUGAAGUUCUGGGAACAUCGGGCUAUGAUUACUAUCACGUGGAUGACCUAGAAAAUUUGGCAAAGUGUCAUGAGCAUUUAAUGCAAUAUGGGAAAGGCAAAUCAUGUUAUUAUAGGUUCCUCACCAAGGGACAGCAGUGGAUUUGGCUUCAAACUCAUUAUUACAUCACUUAUCAUCAGUGGAAUUCAAGGCCAGAGUUUAUUGUUUGUACUCACACCGUAGUAAGUUAUGCAGAAGUUAGGGCUGAAAGACGACGAGAACUUGGCAUUGAAGAGUCUCUACCUGAGACAGCUGCUGACAAAAGCCAAGAUUCUGGGUCUGAUAAUCGUAUAAACACAGUCAGUCUCAAGGAAGCUUUAGAAAGGUUUGAUCACAGCCCAACCCCUUCUGCUUCCUCCCGGAGUUCAAGAAAAUCAUCUCACACAGCUGUCUCAGACCCUUCCUCAACACCAACAAAGAUCCCAACGGACACAAGCACUCCUCCCAGACCACAUUUACCAGCUCACGAAAAGAUGGCAUCGAGGAGGGCAUCAUUCAGUAGUCAGUCCAUAAAUUCCCAAUCUGUUGGUCAGUCGUUAACACAGCCAGCGAUGUCUCAAGCUGCAAAUUUACCAAUUCCACAAGGCAUGUCCCAGUUUCAGUUUUCAGCUCAAUUAGGAGCCAUGCAGCAUCUAAAAGACCAAUUAGAGCAACGGACACGGAUGAUAGAGGCAAAUAUUCAUCGACAACAAGAAGAACUAAGAAAAAUUCAAGAACAGCUUCAAAUGGUCCAUGGUCAAGGGCUGCAGAUGUUUUUACAACAGUCAACCCCUGGUUUGAGUUUUGGUUCUGUUCAACUUUCUUCUGGAAAUUCAUCUAACAUCCAGCAACUCACACCUAUAAAUAUGCAGGGCCAGGUCAUUCAAACUAACCAGAUUCAAAGUGGAAUGAAUACUGGACACAUUGGCACAACUCAGCAUAUGAUACCGCAGCAGACUUUACAGAGUACAUCAAGUCAGCAGAGUCAACAGAAUGUGUUGAGUGGGCACAGCCAACAAACCUCUCUUCCCAGUCAGACACAGAGCCCUCUCGCAGCCCCGCUGUACAACACUGUGGUGAUCUCCCAGCCGGCAGCCGGCAGCAUGGUCCAGAUCCCGUCUAGCAUGCCACAGAGCAGUACGCCGAGUGCUGCAGUAACUACAUUCACUCAGGACAGACAGAUCAGAUUUUCUCAAGGUCAGCAGCUUGUGACCAAAUUAGUAACUGCUCCCGUAGCUUGUGGGGCGGUCAUGGUACCUAGCACAAUGCUCAUGGGUCAGGUGGUGACGGCCUACCCUACCUUUGCUCCACAACAGCAGCCGCCGCAGACACUGUCAGUCCCGCAGCCGCCGAGCUCCCAGGAGCAGCAGCUCGCUCCGGUUCAGCAACCGGCUCAGGCUCAGCUGACGCAGCCGCAGCAGUUCUUACAGACUUCAAGGUUGCUCCCCGGGAGUCCUUCUGCUCAGCUCAUCCUCUCCGCCGCGGUCCCGCUACAGCAGAGCGGUUUCCCUCCGUCGCGGCACCUGCAGCACCAGGCGCCACCGCAGCAGCCACUGCACCGGCACAGGACUGACGGGCCGAGCGACCCUUCCAAGGUUCAGCCGCAGUAGCGCACGCGCCUCCUCUCUGACCUCGGGGGAGGAAGGGCUUGUCCAGAGCAGUUGCUCAGACGAUCUGAGGCUGCAAGGAAAAGUUCCAGCAGUUGCACAAGAUGCAGUGUUGAGUGUCGUAGUUUCUGGGAUUGGUUAGCAGGGAAAACGCUGCCUAGAGCUCCAGAAGUCCGUGCAAUACCAGCCAGCAGGAGAGGAUCACGGGGCCAUGGCCAGUUCUGACAGUGUUUUCCUCGCCCAGCGAUUUUCUCGAUGGAAAGAGUGUAUUGCCAAAUGUUAAGAAGCUCAGCUAUGAAACAUGACCUCCAGUCAAUCAGAAAGGCACUAACAAUGUUAGUAACUUUUAGUGGUUCUGUGCCUGUUUCUGUGUUACAGAGGACACACCACUGUCACGGCAGGGCUUGCUUACAAGGAUGCCAUGAAGACAGUCCAGUAGAUGCAGUAGGCCCCCUUCCCCAUUCCCUCUCCCCUUUUCAGAUAAUGAUUGGAUAGUCAUUAAUUUCAGAAUGUUGUGUGGUUCAAAUUCUCUAUGUAUAGAUGCUGUAAAAAAUUAUGUAUAUGUCUGGAUAAAAGGAGAAGAAAGCAAAACAUUUUGUAAGCUGCAUGAAAGCAUCUCCUCGUAGGUCUAUUUCCUUAGAUUGACACCAUGUACAAACCAGUACUUUCUCUGUUUCCCCUUUUGUUUACAACACAGUAGUGUUCUGCUCACUUUCCGGGGCACAAGGCUUUUUGUUCAUACUUUGGCUGUGAUGUCACAGUUUGUUCCGUGAGGUAUGAUGUGCUGCUGGGAAUGGAUAUUUUUUUCCAGGUUAAAUUAUUGAAGCAACAGGAUUUCCAGAAAUAUCCCUCAUUUCAUUAUUUUUCAUGUAGGUUUGAAAAUAGGAUUUGCACUGCUUUAUUUUAGAUGGUUGGAAGUUUUGGUCACAUAUUUUGAUAUAGUUCAUAGUUGGAAAUAGUUGUGUAAACGGCUUUCAAUAAGCCUGAAAGUCAUUUCAAGAAUGUUCCAGUUAUAGGCGUAAAAUUUGCACACAAAAGAUUUUAGGCACUUUUUAACAUUCUCACUGGUGGGAAUUUUAACUUUUAGGAUUUGUUGGAAUCUUUUUAUUAUAUCCUUCACAAUUUCAAUGCUUCUUUUAGUCAGAAAUGAUUCAGGGUUAUUUGAGAGAAAAAAAAACAAACCCAUAGUGCCUUGAUUUUGAUUCAGGUGAUAACUCACCAUCUUGAUCUCAUUGUCUGGUUUCAGUAGCAGUUUCGAAACCUUAGUACAUUUUUAACAGCAUGUGGGUGUCAGUGCCAUUAAGAUUCUCCUCAGUUCCCAGGAAGACUGCUUUGAGUCUCUUGGACUGGAGGUACAAGUAACUUGGGGUGGGGGGGGGUGACAUCCAAAACACUACCAGAGUCAUUGAUGUGAUCACACAAUUAUUUCCCUAAAUCAACAUCUUCCUUUCAAGCUAAACAGUUAAGAAUUACCUGUAAGUAUUUUCUCAAUGUGAUGUUGAUAUUCCUACAAAGAAAAAAGAAGGGGUAGGAAUUGGCUUUGCCUUCACUGUAACAAUAGAAUAUUGUAAACUCACAUGCUUUCUAAACAUGAACUAAGAUUUCAUUUGGCAAUAUUAGAUUCUAAAGGUAAUAAAUUCCAACAGAAAUUACAUAAAGCAUUUUAUAGAUUUUUAUGGUACUAAUAAUUAAAUUUACAACUAUAGAGCAAAGGAUAAUUAAUGGAAGUAUCUUAUUAGAGUAUCAAAAAUUAUUACUGAGGAAAGGGAGAAUGGCAAGCUGGUAAUAUAUCAAAAUUGAUCUUAAAAGAAAAUGUAUAACAGAACUGAGGCUGUUAAGCAGAAGGUUUUGAGCAAUGAAAACAACCUACUACAGAAUUGCUCUUAAGCUCAGUUCUUAGGACUUUUCUGUCCUCCACUUUGCUCUCAUCCCGAAGGGAUAUACUUUGUCUUUCUGUAGACAACUGUACUUGGGCACACUUAAACUAAAAAGUUAUAUUGAAAAAGAAAAUAACCAAAGAAAGUUGGUACCUACCCUUCUACAAAAGAAGUGUCACUAGAUACCAAUCAAUAAUUAACAUAUCAAGAAGCUCCUCUUCUAGCUAAAUGAUCUGGAUGAAGAGAUUUCUGACUUCCUCGUGAAUGUCACGAACAGUUGGCGGAGUGUGUGUGUAACUGGAGCACAGGUACACAGAGACGAAACUGAUGUGGUACAACACGGCAACAGUAUUCAUUUUCUCCCCUUUCAAACUGCCUUUCUCAACCUUAUGGCAUCCCAUAUGUAUUUGAGUUGUGCCUCAUUUGUUCAGUGGCAGUACCUAGCGGUAUGGGGGACAGAAGGUACGAAGAACUGUUCUGUUGAGAUUCAGCCUCUCAACACCAUACUUAGAAGGAACGCCGGCCAGCUGGGGGCACGGUGUACUUAGGUCGACAAAGGCAGAGCGUAAGACAAGCCACAAGGUACAGCUGUAGACUGUUCACAUUCUCCUCCACCAGUUCCUUCAAGUAUUUUCCAUAUUUGGGAAGGAGAAUUAGACAAGACGUCAUUUUAUAAUUCCUGUUGUUCUUCACAGCUCAUUUUUGCCCGUGGAGUGGAUUGCUGAAAUGAAAGGAGCGGCUAGCUGCUGUCCCUUUUCUGGCAGCACGAACCGUUGUCCUAGAGCGAGGGAGCACCAGCUGCCUCGGCUCCUUCUGUGUUGUCCUCCUGCUCUCCUUGAACUUGGAUUGCAGAGCUGUCCCUCCCCCCACCCCCCAGUCACUGAGACCUGACGUUCUGGUGAAGAUUCCGCAGUUGCCUCUUGUUCAUUUCUGGAGCCAAAGUUGUUCCUUAAAAUCCCAAAUCUGCAUAAUGAAAAAAUACCAACUAGAGACACGUUUCAGCUACUUCAGGGUCAUUACCCUCCCUCUGCUUUACUUUCACAGAGAUUAGAUUUUUCUUAAAAAACAUCUUGUUCUGGGUGGCACUUUUUGGUCCGAAACUGUUGAAGCCCUGGGGAAAUGUUAGCUGCUGUGCGGCCACCCUGCUGGGGACACCUCGCGGGAGGACAGCGAGGAUCAGUCAGGCUGCUGCUGAGAGUGGGGUCAGACCAGAACCCGGACACUCCAAAGUUACUCCCAUUUUCGGUAGAACGUAUCAGAGAACAAGCUAACAGGAGGGAUGGGGAAGGCACGUGAGCGAAUACGACCCUUCGCCUCCAAACUCUGUCCUAAGCUGAGGGGGUCAUUUGCAUCCCAUGCUCUGCUUUGUCACUUAAAUUUGGUUUAGGAAUGUACUAGAAAUCAGAGGAUGCCAGGGACGUUGAGAAGUUGCUUACAGAAUACUCCGUGCAGAACAGUGAAAAUGUGAUUUGGUUCCUGCCGAAGCACUAGUUUGUGGUCAUUGCCUUAAAGCGGUCCGCUUGCGGUUCGCUCGCGCGGAGGCGGCGCGGCGCCCUGCAGGGCAGGUGCUCCGGGGAGGGGAGCCUCAGUGCGAGAAGCCUUGGAAAGGGGCCCCUUCAAGUAGCACUUUCUCUGGCCCCACACAAUCCUUUAAAAUGAUUUUAAACUGGAUAUUACUCAACUUGUUUUCUGAUGUUUCCACUACAGUGAGGUAAACCUUUUCAUUUUUGUAACGUGGAAGGCAAAUAGCAGUUUACUCUAGGAUUGACCAUUUCUUCCUUUUUCUUUUGCUCUAGUUCUUUGAUGAUUGCAAAAGUUUGUCAGUGAACAUUUGUGUAAAAACUCAUUCGAGUCUGUGACCUUUCCGAUAUCUGUGACCCUUCUCUUCAGCCUCUGGGAGUCGAUGUUGGAAGGUGUAAACACUGGAAAUUACUAUUGCCGAGUGAGUCUAGCCAGGAGUAGGCGGACUGGGAUUUUCGAAUGGUGGAAAAGAAACGGCACAAAGGCACUUGGCAUUUUACUAGUGAUUGGAGAGCGAGACCCUCUGAAGUUUGUUUGGGUUGGGUGAGCAUUCCUCUGAAAGGAGCUUCUGAAAUAAAUGCAAAGGAAAAGAGUCGACUAUUUUUAUAGCAUAUUUAAUAUAUUUGUAUAUAACUAGGAGUAUAGUAGGAACCCUCCACAUGCCUCCCCCUUUUCUAAGUUUCUCCCCCUUUGCCAUAGCACUAGUAGAGCCUCAUCUGCAUGAGUAACGUGCCUGCUGUCAGCCUACCACGAGAUAGUGCUGCUGCUUCCGAGACAGGUGAGAGGACCCACCUCUCAUGCCCGGGGAUCCGUUCUGUAGGACGAGCACACACUCUCCCAACAACAUACCGCAGUCUGAAAGCAUCAUUUUGAAAUGUAACAAGCACUUUAUUGCAACUACUCAUUUUGAUAAAGUUGAUUACCUUAGGCAUUACCAUUUCUAAAGGAUCCCCGAAUCAUCACUUAGGUGAAAUUUAAAAAUAACACAUUUCUGAGAAAUGUUUAGAUCCAGUGAACCGUAGCAGGUUUAUGGGAGUGAUUUCAAGGUAGCCAAAUGAAUUUUGACUUUGGUUUUGAAUGUGGUGGAGUCAGGAGAUUGUAAAAUGCCUAGUUCCAUUUCGACACUAUUGUAAACCUAUCUUGCCUAUCGUGUGGACACCAAAAGAGACCAAUGAGCCUGUUUAUUUUCAGAGGUCUAGGAAAAUUGCAUCAGUGUGAAUAGAUGUACAGAACUAACCUAAAAGUGACUGGUAGUAAUAUUUUAGAAUACAAUAAUUUCAAGAACUAUUCUGGGUGUUUUAAAUGUGCUCUGAAAUGUUGGCAUGUCAUUUCAGUGUUUCCAUUUGAAUUGCUCUUGUAAUAUUUUUGCACAAAAAGGACUGAGAAAAAGACUACUUUGGUUGAAGAAAAGUAUAAUUUGGUCUUAUUUUAAAUGUCUCCUGUGGAAACACUGGGGAUGCAUUUUGUUGGUAUAGUUAUUAAUUCAGGAUAUUCAAAACAGUAUUGAACAGCUCACAAGAAAUUAAGCAAACGUGGACGUUUAAAAAUUAAAACUUUCUUUCCAUGUGA